AUGAGUCUCACUCCUGCCCUCAAGGCAAACAUACAGGGUGAUGUUUGGCCUGGUUUGCCCAAGAGAUUCCAAACAUUCUUGUUCUUCCGGAUUCGAAACAAGGUUGAUUUCAAGUCUCGACUCAAGACAUUCAUUCCCAAAAUCACAACUGCCCAGGAUGCCUGUGCCAUGGGUGAAAUCAUCAAAAAGGCGAGGAGAGAGGCCGAGCUAUCCAAGAAGUCGGCGAAGCUCCAGGCGCUGCCAGGAGUAAAUAUCUCAUUUACUUCCACUGGUCUCGAAGCACUGGGGGCAUUCAUCAAUAUUCCUGAUCAGGAAUUUGUCAAAAGAGACAGAAAGCUCUCUCCAAUUUUCCGCAAGAAGCAACUUCGCGGCGGAUUAUUCGAGAAGGGCAUGUACGCCGAUCUUGUUGGUGAAGGUUGGGACAACCCUCAGGAGCUGCGCAAAGAAUAUCACCCCACUAGCGAUAAUGAGCGAACUAUCGAUGGUGUGGUCAUGGUCACUUCGAGUCUGAAGUCCGACUUAGAUGCGAAGAUCAGCGAGGUCAAGCAGCACUUCCUAGCUGAGGCUGGAGCACCUCUGAACCCGGACACAUAUGUUAUCAGCAAAGACCCUUCUAUAGAGUUGACACUCGUCCGGGAAGGGAAGGUUCGCCCGGGUAUCCACAAGGGAAAGGAGCACUUCGGAUUCCAGGAUGGAAUCAGUCAGCCAAUCAUUGAAGGCUGGGAUGAGAGAGUGCCGACGGGCAAGGAGCCCAAAGCCACAAAGCCAGGAUUGAUUCUUUGUGGAUACGAGGGUGACGAUAUGUCCCAGCCGGCAUGGGCAAAAGACGGAAGUUUCCUUGUCUUCCGCGAUCUUCAACAACUCGUUCCCGAGUUUGACGAAUUCAUGGAGGAAAAUGCCCAGCAUGCCCCAUUCACCCAGGACCACCCCAGGCCAGGCGAGAAGCUUGCCGCUUACCUGAUGGGCAGAUGGAAGAACGGAACUCCCGUUGAUGAGUCUCCUCACGAUGACUCCGACCCGAGUUUGCAUGCGUCCAACAACUUUGAUUACCAUCCCGUCACUGAGCACAACAAAUGUCCCUUUGCGGCACACACCCGCAAGAUGAGACCUCGAGGUGACUUGGACCAUGACCACGCGGUCAUUAUUCGUCGUGGAAUUCCUUAUGGAGAUGAGGUUACCGCCGAGGAAUUGGCCGAAAGAAAGUCUGCCGCGGAUAAGGAACGUGGUUUGCUGUUUGUCUGCUACCAGAGCGACAUCCGCAAUGGAUUCAACUUCCUGACUACUCGCUGGGCGAGUAACCACCACUUCCCCGACCGCAAGACCAACUUUGUUGGCGGCGACGGACCUGGCAUUGAUGCCAUCGUUGGCCAGAGGCUUGAUCACCACCCACCUCGAUCAAUCGGUCUGCCUGAUGGCAAAUAUCCCACCGAGGCCCGCAUGCCCUUAGAAAGCUGGGUUGUCCAGAAGGGUGGUGAUUAUUUCUUCACGCCAUCCAUCUCAGCAUUGGAAAAUGAGCUCACUGGUCCUGGAAUCUUUGACCAGGAGUUGCUGGAGCGCCUUCGCGAAGAGAAUGAGUAA